CGUGAAUCCUGCAGGUGUCUUUGCGGGCCACGGCCUGCGAGUCGAAGUUGGGCUGUAAGAGUAACUUUUUUUUUCUUCUUCCUGUCUUGUUUUUGUGAUUGUGCGGCAAGGUCCCAAAGGUUGAUUCAAAAAUGGAGAAAUCAACGGACCCUAAGCUUGAGGUGGCUGCGACAGCGAGCGAGGCGCUGGAAUGCUCGGCACGGCAGGUGGACCAAGGCAUGCGAGCCUGGACGGUGGUUGCAGGAGCGUGGUGCUGUCUUUUUUGCAGUUUCGGCUGGGUCAAUGCAAUUGGAGUCUUCCAGGACUAUUAUCAGGCAAAUCAGUUGCACUCCUACACAGCUUCCAGUAUCUCAUGGAUCCUGUCCCUGGAACCAUUCGUUCUUUUUGCUGCAGGAAUCGUCAUUGGCAGGUUAUUCGACAACUACGGCCCUAGAUGGCUGCUUCUUACGGGGACGUUCCUCCAUGUUUUCGGCUUGAUGAUGACGUCCAUCUCUAGCGAGUACUAUCAAUUUAUCCUGGCCCAAGGCAUCUGCAGCCCACUUGGGGCCAGUUUCAUUUUUUAUCCUGCACUCUCCAGCACGGCGACAUGGUUUGACAAGCGACGGGCUCUGGCCUUUGGAAUUGUGUCCAGUGGCUCAUCUCUGGGGGGUGUUAUCUUCCCAACCAUGCUCUCUCGACUUCUACCCAGAAUCGGGUUCGGAUGGUCUCUUCGGAUCCCGGCGUUCAUAGUGCUUGCGCUCCUGGUCGUUGCUAAUUUGACUGUUCGAUCCCGAGUUGCGCCGGUUCCACGGCCGGUCAAGCUCAACGACUAUAUCGGCCCUUUUGCAGAGCUUCCAUUUAUUCUGUUGAUGCUGGCAGCCUGUUGUGGAUUCUUCGCCAUGUUCGUGCCAAUCAACUAUGUGAUUCUGGAGGCCCAAGAAGACGGUGUCAACCGCGAAUUGGCAAGCUAUCUAUUAGCCAUCCUUAAUGCUGCAAGGUACGUAUCCAGUCUGUUGAAUUGCACGCUGGGACAUUCAAUAACUCUCGCAGUCUCCCCGGUCGCAUCCUUCCCGGGUAUCUGGGCGACAAAUUUGGUCGAUUCAACGUCAUGAUCGUCAUGUGCACACUUUCUGCCAUCUCUAUCCUGGUCCUCUGGCUUCCCGGGACUUUGCUUGCGCCCGGAUCUGCUGCCAUCUACGUUGUGUUUGUUCUGCUGUACGGAUUUGCUUCGGGGGCCUUCGUCGGCAUGGUGCCGGCUCUUCUCAGCCAAAUCUCUGCCGACGUCUCCAAGAUCGGAGUCCGUCAGGGUGUCCUGUUCACUUGUCUUAGCAUCGCAUCUCUCACGGGGAGUCCCAUCGCAGGAGCCAUCCUCAAUCGGCAGCACGGGACGUACUGGGGGUUGCAGGUAUUUGCAGGCGCCAUGAUGGCGGGCAGUGUAUUCUUUUUCACUGUAGCUAGAGUGGUGCUUAUCGGGUUUUCCUUGAAGGCCAAGGUUUAGAUGGAGUUUGGGAUAUGGUUGACUUGAGGGUUUCCGCAAACAGUUAUAUAUAAACCGAAGACUAUGGAUGCUUCUCCAAUUAUCCGCCCCCUUGUUUCCUUUCGGUUCCAGGUUAAUGCCUGAUCGAUCAAAGCCAUCACUUUGUAAUCGUAUCUCGCAUAUAAAAAGAUUAAAUUGAGUUUUGCCCGAUAGACAAAGCAGGAAGGAGUGGUCAAGUCCAGGUCAAUCGCAGGGCGCAGGGCGUAAGGCACGAUAAGAGGCUUAUGUAACACCCCACUUA